GCUCAGCUGCGGGGCUCUUGAAAAGUAAAAAAGUAAAACUAGUAUUUUGUGAGAGAGGUCAGUUCUAUUCAGGUCUCCAUAUGUACACCAUCUGCGUCUGGAAGAGGUUGAGUUAAGCUACAGCAGAUAUUUUUAUUAUUUUAUCACAUUCUUAUAAAGAUGGCGACAGUUACUGUUAAAAAGGAGGAGGAGGAGGAUGAUAGCAGCCAGCAACCAGCUGCAGUGGAAGAUGAUUGCAGCCAACAACAUUAUUUAAUCCCUGGCUACAACAUGAUCUUCAUCAAAGAGGAGGCAUAUGAUGAGCAAGAGUCUGAGGGGAGUUCAGUAAAGAGUGAACCAGAGAUGUGGCCUUCAAACUGCAGCACAUCUGGCCGAGACUAUGCAACAGAAGUGGGUGGACUGAAUGAGCAUGCAAUCUCUCCAGUGGAAAAAUGCACUGAGUCAUCUGUGGCUGGCAAAGACUUCAAGCUCCAUAGCUGUGCUCACUGUAGCUAUAAAACGCCAAAGAUUAGUAAGUUGAAGAAACACAUUAGAAAACACACUGGAGAAAAACGUUUCACCUGCAAGUUUUGUGACUUCAAAUGUGAUCAGUUAGGUGCUUUGAAAUUACAUACCAAAACACAUACAGGAGAAAAACCUUUCAGCUGCGAGUUUUGUGACUUCAAAUGUGCUCAGUUAGGUAAUUUGAAAAAACAUAUCAAAACACAUACAGGAGAAAAACCUUUCAGCUGCGAGUUUUGUGACUACAAAAGUGCUUGCUCAGGUCAUUUGAAAAGACAUAUCAAAACACAUACAGGAGAAAAACCUUUCAGCUGCGAGUUUUGUGACUACAAAAGUGCUUGGUUAGGUGAUUUGAAAUUACAUACCAGAACACAUACUGGAGAAAAACCUUUCAGCUGUAAGCUUUGUGACUUCAAAAGUGCUCGUUCAGCUAGUUUGAAAAUACAUAUCAGAACACAUACAGGAGAAAAACCUUUCAGCUGCGAGUUUUGUGACUUCAAAUGUGCUCGGCUAUAUGAUUUGAAAAGUCAUAUCAGAACACAUACAGGAGAAAAACCUUUCAUCUGCGAGAUUUGUGACUUCAAAUGUGCUCAGUUAGGUUAUUUGAAAGAACAUAUCAAAACACAUACAGGAGAAAAACCUUUCAGCUGCGAGUUUUGUGACUUCAAAUGUGCUCAGUUACGUAAUUUGAAAAGACAUAUCAAAACACAUACAGGAGAAAAACCUUUCAGCUGCGAGUUUUGUGACUUCAAAUGUGCUCAGUUACGUAAUUUGAAAAGACAUAUCAAAACACAUACAGGAGAAAAACCUUUCAGCUGCGAGUUUUGUGACUACAAAAGUGCUUGGUUAGGUAAUUUGAAAGAACAUAUCAAAACACAUACAGGAGAAAAACCUUUCAGCUGCGAGUUUUGUGACUUCAAAUGUGCUCAGCUAUGUACUUUGAAAUUACAUACCAGAACACAUACUGGAGAAAAACCUUUCAGCUGCGAGUUUUGUGACUUCAAAAGUGCUCGCAUAAGUAAUUUGAAAACACAUAUCAGAACACAUACAGGAGAAAAACCUUUCAUCUGCGAGUUUUGUGACUUCAAAUGUGCUCGGUUAGGUGAUUUGAAAAAACAUAUCAGAACACAUACAGGAGAAAAACCUUUCAGCUGCGAGUUUUGUGCCUUCAAAUGUGCUCAGUUAGGUAAUUUGAAAAGACAUAUCAAAACACAUACAGGAGAAAAACCUUUCAGCUGCGAGUUUUGUGACUACAAAAGUGCUUGGUUAGGUAAUUUGAAAGAACAUAUCAAAACACAUACAGGAGAAAAACCUUUCAGCUGCGAGUUUUGUGACUUCAAAUGUGCUCAGCUAUGUACUUUGAAAUUACAUACCAGAACACAUACUGGAGAAAAACCUUUCAGCUGCGAGUUUUGUGACUUCAAAAGUGCUCGCAUAAGUAAUUUGAAAACACAUAUCAGAACACAUACAGGAGAAAAACCUUUCAUCUGCGAGUUUUGUGACUUCAAAUGUGCUCGGUUAGGUGAUUUGAAAAAACAUAUCAGAACACAUACAGGAGAAAAACCUUUCAGCUGCGAGUUUUGUGCCUUCAAAUGUGCUCAGUUAGGUAAUUUGAAAGAACAUAUCAAAACACAUACAGGAGAAAAACCUUUCAGCUGCGAGUUUUGUGACUACAAAAGUGCUUUGUUAGGUAAUUUGAAAAUACAUAUCAGAACUCAUACAGCAGAAAAACCGUUCAGCUGCGAGUUUUGUGACUUCAAAUGUGCUCAGUUACGUAAUUUGAAAUUACAUACCAGAACACAUACUGGAGAAACACCUUUCAGCUGCGAGUUUUGUGACUACAAAAGUGCUUGGUUAGGUAAUUUGAAUAGACAUAUCAAAACACAUCCCAGGUAGCACAGAAACGUUGAAAUAACGUUACAAACACGUAAUACCUUAACAUUGAAAAGACGUUGAAAUUCAACGUUGAAAACACGAAAAAAUG